CAAGCACGCGUGCUAGGAUUACCAGAUGUAAACACAAAACUCUUACCACGUUCCUACUAAAUUCGUACAUUAAAUAACCGGAGUUUUGACGAAAACAAUGUUUGUGGCGACAUUUUCCGAGCAAGAGCAGAGAGAACUAGCCGAGAAGCUCACAUCCCUCCUAUCAACCUACAGACACAUAUCAGACUCCUACAUAAUAGAGUUCUUCAGCGAGAGCUUGUGGGAGACUCUGCCGGUGAGCUGGCAGGAGGCCCUCGGUGAUCUUACACCCCCGAUGAUCGCUGAUCUGCUGCUGGAUAACAAGAUCAAGGACAGGCGCUACUCAACUGUGUGGCCUCUGUCUUUACUGGCACUGCGGACAGCAGCACACGCACUGACGUUUCCACGUGCAGCUCCAGGUGGGCACCAGCAGAAUGCAGGUGUAGCAGCAGCAGCAGAGGAGUUUCAGUCCAACCACAGUCAGAGCUCUUUAUUAGGACACAUUUUCCGUAAACACGUCAAGCCAAAGAAGCAGCAUGAAAUCCGCCGACUGGGCAUGCUCGUCAAGGAGUUGUGUGAUCAGGGUAACUGUAACCGUGUGGUUGAUGUUGGGUCUGGACAGGGUCAUUUGACUCGCUUUCUGUCUUUUGGACUCGGUCUGCAUGUCACUGGAAUCGAGGCUGAUCCUAACCUUGUUUCCAUGGCUACCAAAUUUGAUAGACAGCUGCUACAGACACUCACCAAGGAGAAUCAAAGUUUAGGAAAAGCUCACCUUCUGCGUUCUGCACCUGGACCUCCUCCUCGUCACGUGGUGGGCUGGGUGAACCCAAAGGCUUCAUGGGACGUCUUCAUUCAGCAGCUCGGUAUGACGGCAACUGAAAGUGACAGUACUGGAGCAACCACUGAAAAAAAACAGAGAGUGGAGGAUCUGCAUCUGGAACCGCAUUCGUGCCAAACCAAAGCAGAGGACUUACAAAAUACACUUCACGGUCAAAAAACUGCCUCUCAAACAAACACGUCCAUUUUUCCAUCUGGCACAGCAACCGAAAUGCUUACCUGUAAAACCAUACCCAUUCCUAAACGGGAUCCUGGUAGUUUUGUCCUAACAGGUCUUCAUGCCUGCGGAGAUCUUAGCGCCACACUUUUACGGCAUUUCACCAACUGUCCUCAUGUUAGCAUCAUCACAUCUGUUGCUUGCUGUUAUAUGAAGAUCUCCACUCAGGAACACCCAAACCCUCCCGGAGUUUUCCAGCCACCGUUUUCCUCUGAAAACACUGCAGCAGAUUCUUGUUUGGAAUUUAGUUAUCCAAUGAGCAACUGGAUCCGUGGAUUAGCGGGACACCAGCUGUCCUAUAAGGCCAGAGAAGGAGCUUGUCAUGCAAUAGAGGAGUAUCUCCAGCGGCUAAGAGAGGAGAACGCUUUAUUGCGCACACACUGCUACAGAGCCAUCCUAGAAAACAUCAUCAGAUCCCACAGGCCUGAUAUCCGCAGACCAGGAGUUCAGACCGUGAAGAAAGCCCACAUGCUGUCAUUUUCAGAGUAUGCUCGUCUGGCACUGCCACGGGUGGGUUUACCUGCUGAUCUUCCAUUUGAUUCUGUCUGUGUGGAUGCAAUGCUUGCCCAGCAGGGUAAAGUGGUGGUGUAUUUCAGCCUGGUUCUUCUGCUGGCACCGGUGGUGGAGACUCUAGUGUUACUGGACAGAGUAAUUUUCCUGCAGGAAAGAGGUUUUCAGAGUAAACUCAUCCCACUCUUUGAUGCUGCUUUUUCUCCACGAAACUUGGUUCUGGUGGCCGUCAAGUCUAAAGAAGCUUGAAGCUGAACUCAAAACCACAUAAAACAUACAGUAACAUAUUAUGAAGGAAUUGCACUCAAAUGAACCUUCGCAAAAAAACACAAGACCAUUGGGAUGUGAAAUUAGAGGUCUGAUUUUCCAGAGAGAUCUAUUACUGGCUCAUUGUUUUGUCAUUUUCCUCCAUGCUUGAUUUGAUUUAUAAGUUUUGGUUUAUAUUUUAAAUUGUUGCCCAUCUACAUAUGUGGUAUUAGUAUUUUUAACAUUUAAAAAGAUUAAUGACAGGCAAAUUGUUUUGCUUUUAUUCCCAUUAUCAGUCUGGAUUUGUUGUAAUAGGUUGUUUCUCAAAUAUAAUACUUGUCUUCAUCUCCAUUUCAAUACACGGUGUUUAAGGAUCAUACGGUUUGUAAAUGUUAUAGUGCAUAGUUUGGCCCACGGGCCAAAGUUGGGUCAUGCUAAACUUUGAGUUAACCCACCAUCCAAUCUGAGAA